CCAGGAACUCUAGGGCCUCCUGCAGGGAACAGAUGGAAGAGGAUGGAAGCUGGAGACAAGCCCCAGGGUGUGGGGCAAGUGCCUGAUAGGGGCUGAGCAGGGUAGAGAAUAGGUGGACCUGUGUCCAAUUAUUCAGUGUUACCCCUGAAUGUGACUUGGCUACAAGCUGAGGCCUGAAGUGGGGCCAGAGUGAACACAAAGAUGACAUUGGUGUGUGGCAGGGGUUCUGAGUCCCAGAUGGAAAUCUGCAUAACUAGCUAUUCCCCAGCUGGGGAAUGGCUAGGUUUGCCAGUCCUGGGGUUCCCUUAGAAUAGAAAUCUUUGCCCAGGGGUAGAGGUUGGAGAUCAUGCUACCAGGACCUGUGCCUGACAGGCUUCUCCCCAGGAAAUUUUAUUCAAAUGGAGGCUGGCCUGAGUUCUCCUUAGGGAAUUCAGUGGGGUGGGGAGGACCUGGACUAGUUUUCCCCCUUCCUUUUCUGGGUCACCCGGGAGGCCGGCUAGGACCCACCUCUGUGGAUUCCCCCGGCCCAGCACCUGUCUAGAACCUCACCCUGUGACCUUCCCCACUUCCACCGCAGGCCCCUUCUCAUUCCUGGGACGGUGCUGGGCCCUCUCCACAAGGCCAUUCUUUCCCGGCCUCCCCCUCCCUUCCGUUUCCGUGGUCGAGCAGGCGGCGAGGCUGCUGCGGCCCAGCACAGAGCAGGGGGGCAGGCGGGCGGGCAUCGGGCCGCAGGCCGCUCCCGCCCGCCCCUUCCCCUCUGCAGGCCCGCCCCGGGGACUGGGCCAACUGAAACCGCGGGAGGAGGAAGCGCGGAAUCAGGAACUGGCUGGGGGUCUGCGCCUGGCCUGAGUUGGUCCACGGCCGGCCCAGGAGCAGCUACCCGCGGCGCCGGACACCACUAUGGGCUUCUCCUCAGAGCUGUGCAGCCCCCAGGGCCAUGGGGCAGUGCAGCAGAUGCAGGACGCAGAGCUUCGCCUGUUGGAGGGCAUGAGGAAGUGGAUGGCUCAGCGGGUCAAGAGUGACCGGGAAUAUGCAGGACUUCUUCACCACAUGUCCCUGCAGGAUAGUGGAGGCCAGAGCCGGAGUAGUGGCCCUGACAGUCCUGUCAGCCAGUCAUGGGCAGAGAUCACCAGCCAGACAGAGGGUCUGAGCCGAGUGCUGCGGCAGCAUGCAGAAGAUCUGAACUCAGGGCCCCUGAGCAAGCUGAGCCUGCUGAUACGGGAACGGCAGCAGCUGCGCAAGACCUACAGUGAGCAGUGGCAGCAGCUGCAGCAGGAGCUCACCAAGACCCACAACCAGGACAUUGAGAAACUGAAAAGCCAAUACCGAGCCCUGGCACGGGACAGUGCCCAGGCCAGGCGCAAAUACCAGGAGGCCAGCAAAGACAAGGACCGUGACAAGGCCAAAGACAAAUACGUUCGCAGCCUUUGGAAACUCUUUGCCCAUCACAACCGAUACGUGCUUGGUGUGCGGGCUGCACAGCUGCAUCACCAGCACCACCACCAGCUCAUGCUGCCUAGCCUGCUGCAGUCGCUGCAGGACCUGCAUGAGGAGAUGGUGCACAUCCUGAAGGAGAUCCUGCAGGAAUACCUGGAGAUUAGCAGUCUGGUGCAGGAUGAGGUGGUUGCCAUUCACCGGGAGAUGGCUGCAGCUGUUGCCCGCAUCCAGCCAGAGGCUGAAUACCAAGGCUUCCUGCGACAGUAUGGGUCCGCCCCUGACAUCCCACCCUGUGUCACCUUUGAUGAGUCGCUGCUUGAGGAGGGUGAACAGCUGGAGCCUGGGGAGCUACAGUUGAACGAGCUAACUGUGGAGAGCGUGCAGCACACACUGACCUCUGUGACAGAUGACCUGGCUGUGGCCACUGAGACUGUGCUGAACCGACAGGAGGUGGUCAGUCAGCUGCAGCGUGAACUCCAGAGUGAGGAGCAGAACACCCACCCCCGGGAGCGGGUGCAGCUGCUAGGCAAGAAGCAGGCACUGCAGGAGGCGCUGCAGGGGCUGCAGGUAGCACUGUGUGGCCAAGCCAAGCUGCAGGCCCAGCAGGAACUGCUGCAGACCAAGCUGGAGCAGCUGGGCCCUGGCGAGCCCCCGGCAGUGCUGCUCCUGCAGGAUGACCGCCACUCCACCUCGUCCUCGGAGCAGGAGCGAGAGGGGGGAAGGACACCUACGCUGGAGAUCCUUAAGAGCCACUUCUCAGGAAUCUUCCGCCCCAAGUUCUCGCUUCCCCCACCACUGCAGCUCGUUCCAGAGGUACAGAAGCCCCUGCAUGAACAGCUGUGGUACCAUGGGGCCAUCCCGCGGGCUGAGGUGGCUGAGCUGCUGACACACUCCGGGGACUUCUUGGUGCGGGAGAGCCAGGGCAAGCAGGAAUAUGUGCUCUCGGUGCUGUGGGAUGGCCAGCCCCGGCACUUCAUCAUCCAGUCCUUGGAUAACCUGUACCGGCUGGAAGGGGAUGGCUUUCCCAGCAUCCCAUUGCUCAUUGACCACCUGCUGUCCUCCCGGCAGCCUCUCACCAAGAAGAGUGGUGUUGUCCUGUACAGGCCUGUGCCCAAGGACAAGUGGGUGCUAAACCAUGAGGACCUGGUGUUGGGCGAGCAGAUUGGGCGGGGGAACUUCGGUGAAGUAUUCAGUGGACGCCUGAGAGCUGACAACACUCUGGUGGCAGUAAAGUCCUGUCGAGAGACACUCCCCCCUGACCUCAAAGCCAAGUUUCUGCAGGAAGCGAGGAUCCUGAAGCAGUACAGCCACCCCAACAUCGUGCGUCUCAUUGGUGUCUGUACCCAGAAACAGCCCAUCUACAUUGUCAUGGAGCUUGUGCAGGGAGGAGACUUCCUGACCUUCCUGCGAACAGAGGGAGCCCGCUUGAGGGUGAAGACUCUAUUGCAAAUGGUGGGGGACGCGGCUGCAGGCAUGGAGUACUUGGAAAGCAAGUGCUGCAUCCAUCGGGACUUGGCUGCUCGGAACUGCCUGGUGACAGAGAAGAAUGUUCUGAAGAUCAGUGACUUUGGGAUGUCCCGAGAGGAAGCUGAUGGAAUCUAUGCAGCCUCAGGGGGUCUCAGACAAGUCCCGGUGAAGUGGACUGCACCCGAGGCCCUUAACUAUGGCCGCUACUCCUCUGAGAGUGAUGUGUGGAGCUUUGGCAUCUUGCUCUGGGAGACCUUCAGCCUGGGAGCCUCGCCCUAUCCCAACCUCAGCAAUCAGCAAACACGGGAGUUUGUGGAAAAGGGGGGCCGCCUGCCCUGCCCAGAGCUGUGCCCUGAUGCUGUGUUCAGGCUCAUGGAGCAGUGCUGGGCCUAUGAGCCUGGGCUGCGGCCCAGCUUCAGCACCAUCUACCAGGAGCUGCAGAGCAUCCGAAAGCGGCAUCGGUGAGGUUGGGACCUCCUUCUCAAGCCAGUGGCUUCUUCAGGCAAGAGUGUACCUCCUUGGCAGCUCCCACUCACACUUUGGACAGCUGUCCACAUUCUUAGGCUCCAAUCACCAGCAGCAGCUCUUCUGCCAGAAGGAUGCAGCCCUAUGUUGGCUUUAGUCCCUGCUGUACCAGGGCUUCCUCUCCCAGGAAGAAAUAAUAAAACCACUUUUGUCCAUCCAAUACUCUUGGCAUGUAU